AGUGCAACGCUGAAACUUGUUCGCAUACAUCUCGUUCCUCUUGUGGAUGCUGUUACUGUUCAACGGAAGGGGUCAGCAACACCGCGUGACACGAUGGAGCAUCACAUGUACGAGCAUACCAUCUCGAUUACUCUCUACCUCACCUACGCAACACUGACGAUGAGCUUGAUGGUGUGCAGCAUUCUUUCGCCUAUUCGCACCGUCACCGUUGACGGUCGCCAACUUCGUGUGUACGGCGUGGCAGUGUCGUUUGACGUGCCACCUCUCGGUUGGAAUAAAGACGGGCGAGCUCGUCACGACAGCCGUAGCAGCUCCGGCGCAGACGAUAGCUCCGUUUCGGCGGCCGCCUCUGCGUCCAUCGUGCCUGUCGAUAGAAGCACGGACUUUUGUAGAACCUCUGCUAUCGCCCCGAGAAGCACUCUGCCUUCCGCAAAAAUGAAGGAGGAAAUCGUGGCGUUCUUGGACAGCGAUCAUGUAGGCCAGCAGGGCAAUGAAAUGGCAGUACCGUUGGACGGGUCGACGGCUGCCGGUUCUGGGGAGCACCAGAGAUGCACAGAGACGCAAGCCUCUCCUCACGACUUCUCCAAAAGGAUCAAUCAGGUACCAGAGCGGAACGCCGGUGACACCGCAUUCGCUAGCGUUGCCAACGUUCGCACGCACCCGCUUUUGAUGCCGUUCACUUCCCCUGAGUCUCCGUCCGAAUUAGACCCGUCCGACAGCGGCGCGGGAUGUAAUUCCAACCGACGGCACGAUAAUCGAACGAAGUGGGUCAGCUUGAGGAAGCUGCCGUCCUCCGACUUGGCUCGUUGCAUGACCGCCUACCUCGUGUUUGGCACCUUGUGCCUGCUGUUUUCUUUCCUGCUCAUCGCGACACUUUUCCUCCGUCUACUGCCAAUGGUGUCGGAUGUGCCGCUGCGGAUCGCGCUUCGCAUCUUGACCGUAGCCGGACCGUUGUGUGCUAUCUUGUGCUUCGCCAUGGCCGCGGCGCUCGGCCUACAAGGAAAUCUGGUGCGCCACGUUGCGGAUGGCUACUACACAAAUACAAGUCAUCAUGCGGUGGUGAACCAACUCCACUCCGGCUUCUCGACCACGGUGGCGGCUGCGUUCGUUGCCCUGCUCGUCGCUACGUUGUCACCCAUCAUGUGGAAGUAG